AAAAGAAAAUGAAGACCCCUGCUCCUAGGCGUUCAGCCAAACGUAGGAAAACGACACAAUUUAACACCUCUACUGAUACGAUUUCCAACAGUUUCAACGAGACGUGCCACUCCGUUCAUCCGGAAGCAGACAAGCUUUUACCAGUUGUCUCCAUUCCAGACAUGUUGAAAACUCUGAUGGUAAACAGUGAUGAUAAUCGCAACUGCAACUAUAUGGAUGCUAUAAAAAAGUUGCAAGUAGACAUGAACAUUCUCAAUCCGCUUAAAUAUCUCAUCAACCCCAACCUCACAGAGACUCCAGAUCAAAUGAAUGACAUAAAUAUUUUCCUAGAUCGUGUUGCAUCAGAGGUAUUUGAAAGAAUAAGACGAUCUAGCAAUGCAAUUGUGUUUAAUAUACCGGAUACACAUGCCCUUAAAAAUAUCAAAUCUAGUCUGCUUAGAGCCAGCAAUAUGACACACGUACCAUGUGUAUGCACAAGAUUAAAAAGAAGUCAUCCUGGUAUGCACUCACCGAUCUUGUUCAAAUUCAACUCAUCUGUAGACGCCAGUGAAUUUUUAAAUUCCUCCAAUUCAUUGAGACAAAAACAGAUUUUCAAGGAUAUUAAGACUCUUCCGGAUAAAACACCAUGCCAGCGAAAAGCAGGAAGAGAUAACUACAGACCAUCAGCUUCAAACUCUCAAACGCAUCAUAAUCCUAAUGGUUGUAACGUUAAGUCCGAUUCUAAGAGGACGUCUAGCUUAACAACUUUGCCGCCACCAAAAAACUCUUCUGAAUCUCAUAAAGUUCAAAACCCAGAAGAAAGUAAUCCCGAUGUAGGUGGUGUCCAUCCUCUUAAGAAUGUUGACUUAGAUUCAACCCGAAGUAGUUGUGCUGAUGAAGAAUGGGAUAACACAAUCCAAACCCCUGUUAGUGCAACACCCAGUUACAGUAACUGUGCAACGGAUAACAGGAAAACUAAUCAUAACAUUCAUAUAACUGACCACGCACUUAACGUUGAUAUAUUCGAACCUCGCAAACCAUCGCAAGUAUGUUUAACAGUACACAAUCCUCUCCAACUUAUGAAGAAGCCGAAAUCAACCACAAACCUUGGAAAUAAACGUCUUAAACACGUUACCCAUACGUCAGGUAUAAAUAGUUAUCUGAAUUGUAAUUGGCCACUUGGUCACAACCAUAGACCUGAUAGCCUUCUUGGUCCGGCUCCCAAUAUGUACAGUAUGCCCUUAUCAGAUGUUAUAUCCAAUAGCAAUGAAAAGAAUUUUUUUGUAAUUCCGCCGGCUUUCCUGCCGGCAACGGUAAACAUAUUUCACAUGAUGACAAAGUGGUUGAAUCUAUUUCCCCUCGCAACACGACUCUUACCUUAGCUAAUCCUAUGAGUAUUCAUGGAACUACCAAUUGCGAUUUAUACUCUAACCUGCUUCACUAUGAUGACUCUGAGUUUCUUAUUCUUUCGUUCAAUGCCCGCUCUCUGUCUAAUAAAAUUAUUCAUCUUAAAACUCUUUUAUUCCUUGUUAAUCCAACCAUUGUACUUAUUACGGAAACGUGGUGUAAUUCAUCUAUAUCCGAUCAUUCCUUGAAUGUAGAUAACUACGUUUUCUUUAGAACCGAUAGAUGUUAUGGAAUAGGAGGCGGUACAAUUAUCUAUGUCCGUUCAGACAUUCAAGCGUGCAAAUUUGAGGAUAAAUCCCUUGAUGCUAUAGACGACUCCACUUGGGUUACUGUAAACUGUGGAUCCCAAAAUUAUUUACUUGUGGGAUGCAUAUAUAGACCACCUCAUGCGGAUACUAAGUUUGACAAAUUACUAACAAACAUAUUUUCCAUUGCUUCGCACCAACCGCAUACUUUUAAAAUCAUCGGAGGCGAUUUUAACCUGCCAAAAAUUAAAUGGGGCUUGACUCCGGUACCAGGUCGAUAUAACAAGCUAGUUGAAACAUUAGAAAUUUGUGGAUGGGUUCAACAGGUCCGAAAACCAACCAGGGGGAAUAAUACACUUGAUUUAAUGUUCACAAUCAACAUAGACUCUAUCUCAGUACAUACCAGUCAUGAGUUUUUUAUGAGUGACCAUAGAGUUGUAUUGAGUAUUAUUCACUCUUUAAACGCCAUACAAUUGAACUCUAAAGCUUCAUUGAUGUACCAAAGCAGACAUUUUGAUCAACAAACAUGGAAACGGACUGGAACUCUCAUUCAAUGUUUACCAUGGGAAACUUAUUUUACCACAAAUAAUGUUGACAUUGCGCUUUCCAAUCUAUACCACAACCUGAUAUAUUGUCUUGACUGCACUGCUCCAGUUAUUGGCCGUGUGGCUUAUAAUGCUAAUAGGGGCCAAAAUACUUUUAAAAGAAAGCUGAGGAAAUUAAAAUGCCGCUACUACGAGCAGAAUGAUGUGUAUGCACUUCAGAGUAUACUUAAAUUAAUCAACAGAAAUGCUUCAUCUAAACGUAAGUAUUUUAUGAAUAUAGAAAAUAAAGCUCUACGUAGUAAAAGCCCAGAAUUAUCAAUACUUCG